CCAUUUUCAUGUUGUCAAUCUGAAGUUAAGAGAAAAUGGCAUCGUUUUCAAGGACGAAAGGUACCAGAUCUGGUAAGCUGUGCUGAAUAUAUUUUGUUAAAGCAAGUCCAGUGUUUUCCUAGUUUAAUUAUGUUUACUUUUGAUCUGUCGUAGCCUCUCCACUUCGGAGCAGUGCACCGGAUAAUCUCCGGCGUUCUGGCAGUUUUGGAAAAUCGGGUAGUAGAAGUUUGCACUUAGCGGCAUCGUUUGACUCAAAAACUGGGUAAGUUCUUUAAGUACAUACCCUUCAGUUGUUCCCAGGUGCUACUGUGGCUAAAGUGAUUUUCACUUAAUUUCUAUCGAGGUACAAUAAAAAAGUUGGGGACACUAUUGUUUAUGCACGCGGCAGUUUGGCACGCUGAUAUCAGGCAUUCCCCAGUUGCUACAACUGUCUUCGCCGAUCUUUGGUAUCGUUCACAAUUUCACACAAACGGAUUUCUUUGUAUGCCUUCAUUAAAUGAAGUAAUAGAAAGUUUAAGAAACGAUAGUGCUGGUUUGGUAUAGCUGUUUAUCCCAGGAGAACGAUCCUUUCAAAAUGCCCGUGCGUGCAAAACUCGAAGAAAUUACACUGUGCAUAACUGUAAUCGUAUAAACAUACCACAAAACGCUGAAGAAUUUGUAUGUAAAAUUGCAAGGCUGAUUUUAACUGCAAACUGUGUGUUUGUUUUCCGAAAAAAUCGCUUUUAAUCCUUGUCAGGUUUGCGAAAGUAAACAACAAUUUUAAAUCCCAAAUUGAGCUUAAAAAUUACAGGGAACACAACCCUCACUGCACCUGACGAUUUCGAGUUUAUUAGGGAAAAUUAACGCAAGCUUGCAAAAUUAUUUUUCAUUGAUUCAAUUAAUUAUCCGAGUGAGAGGAAUACAGGAUUUCAUUAAUGUUUAGAUAUUGUUUUCUCUUCUUAUUCAGAAAACAUACCAGAUCUUCCACAUCUAAUGCUGCAAUUGGAGAUAUUGAAAAUGAGUACAUCAGGAAUCUUCAACAACAGAUUUAUUUCCUUGAGUUGGAAGCCAACUAUCUGUAUCCUUUGCCAGCCAUGAUUUAAAACCUGCAUAUUUUUCUGUAACGGUUUGAACUUAUCAAACUUAGCCCAGUUAGUUUAUCUAUUUUAACCAAAGAUUGCACUUGAAAUAUCCACUGCAAGAAAAAUCCUGCGGUAAAGCUACCAUAUUUCCUGGAAGAAUAGCCGUCCCUUGAUUAAUUGCCUCCCCUGAAUAACUGCCCUCCUUUGACGGAAAUAUUUCAAAAAUAAUCGUCUCCCUUAAGAUAAUGAUUCGCCCGCCCCUCUCGCCAUCUUCUCUUCCCUUUAUCCCCUCCCUGUCAAGUUUAACUGCAAUGUGAUCCAGAAAAACUGAUCAGUGGCGAUUCAAGCUCCAAAAAUUUGUCAGACAAGGAACUAAAUUUGGAACACUUAAUUAAAAAGCCCAUGUUCAGUUUAUUUGAUGUGAUUAUUUUUUUAUUUAAUGGGAAACUGAAAAUAUAAUAUUUAGGGCAUGACUUCCAGUCAGCAAUAUUUGAAAUAAUCGCCUCCCUCGAAUAAUUGCCCCCUUUUUCUGCGAAAAAAAUUAAUAAUCAUCCACGGCUAUUAUUCAAGGAGAUACGGUAUUUAAUGGAUCAAUGGGGAUAGAUCAAAAGGAUUCCCUCUGUGUCUCCUCAACUUAACACUAUUGUGCUCCCUCUUCAAAUCAAUGCUCCCCCUUCUCAGGCACUCAGGUGCUUGAGUGUUCACAUUUGUAUAAACAGUUGAGGCUCUCUUAAGCAACCGUGCACCUUGGGAACCUUAUAAAAUGGUCGCAACUAGAGCUAGUCAUUUACGAGAAUGAGUUCUCGUAAGUGAAGGCAGAUUGAAAGUUCGCUAUACGGUGUACCUAUCACCACGGUUUCCUGUUGUUUAGGACACUAGAUCUCGGUCCUUCUCAGGGUGUCCACAAUAACAAGAGCUGACUAGUAUGAUCAACAUAAAAUUUAACCCUUUCACUCCCAGAAGUUCAAUAUAAAUGUUGAAAAACAAAAAGUACUAUGCGAAAUGUGCUGCUGAAGAGAUUUCAUUUGAAUGGUCACACCAUAAGAUUUUUUCCAUGGACUUUUUACCAUGUGAGAGUAUUGCUCGAAGAUAAUUCAUUUGAAAGGUCACACCAUGGGAUUUUAUCCACAACCUUAAAAGUUAGAACAAGAUCUUAAAUAAAUAGUACCAUGUGAAAGUACGUCUGAAGAGAUUUCAUUUAAAUGCAUGGUCACACCAUAGAAUUUUGUCCACAAAUCGACUCAAGAGUUAGCAGUACAGUGUAGGUUAGAGGUGAAUAAUUGUUGAGGAACUUUUAAGAAAUGUGAUGACGAUAUCGAGUGUGUUCAUGAUUUUUCCUUGAUUGACCCUUUUAUCACCAGACGAGAGCAAGCUCGGAAAGCUUCAGGUGAGCCUAAUUUAAAACAUAAAAUUAAAGAGGUUUUUAAAGACAGUUUAAUUAAUUCAACUGUAGGCAACUUAUAUACCAGCAUUGUUACAAUACUGAGACAGACAAUCCACUUUGCUCUUGACAGGUGCUCUUCACAUGGCAACAAAUUCGUGAACAUGAUGUGUAAUUUUCUACUUCCAAACAGAUACCAUAAUAUUAGGGAGCUUAGAAAGGCAUUUGUAGGGAGCUUAAGCAAAGGUGUUUUUGAGCGACGCACGUCAGCUGGAAGUGAGGCCACUUCUCUUCUAUAUGCCUUGCCAUGCUACCAAAUUUGUAUUGCCGAGUGUCUUCACUCUUAUAGACAAUUUGCCCAAUAAUUUGGCCAAACCAUGGCCCAAGAAUACACACAUCACUUCCUCUUGACAUGCGUCGCUGAAAAAAGUCUUAAAUUUUGCUUAAGCUCUCAAUUUAGUCUGCAAGGUCACCUUGCCUGACAGUUUAGGGUGUACAAAACUCGAAGUGGAUAACCUUAUUUACAGACUUACCUGACAAUCACACCCAUUGUUUUCCCUAUGUGUAAAUGAAUUGCUCUGGUCUGAGUUUUAUUCCUUCCCUGACAAAUAAAGAUAGAAGGUAAAGGAAGGUUAUUUUACAUUGGUAGCUCAAAACAGUCAUCAUUUGGUAAUUCUCCAUAAAAACUGAUCACAAGUUCGUUGUUUUGUUCCGUAGCCAUUCCUCCUCGAGUCACAGAGGAAGCAGAUCGCAUGAUGCGGAAGCUGCGUGAUCUGCAGGGGAAGGUGGAUGAGAGAGCAUCAGAAGUUGCGCGAAAGGAAUCACAGAUGCACAUGUUGGAGGCAGAGAAAGACUCAGCAAUAAAACGACUCAGGGAUGCUGAAGGUGAAGUAUUUAGCAUUUAUUGUCAAAACUCCUCCUGUGGCUACAAAUGUCAGGUGUGUUUUUGUUCUAGACUGUGAGAAGAACAUGAGAGGCGAAGGGCGACAUGCGAGAUGAGGAAAGGGAAGAAAAAUAAAUAUAUCAUUUUUUCUUUUCCUCUCAUCUCCCGCUUGACAUUUUCUUGCUUCUUGGUUGGCUAAAUUAAAAAUUUGGGCUGUUAUGCAGGCAUUUAAAAAAGUGUGCAUGAGAUAAUCAUUAUUGAGCAAUCCUGGGGGUGGGGGGGGGGGGACAUUUAAGGGACGUUUGGGUAGAGUUGUGCUGACGAGGACUUCAAACCCUGAGCCUGUUUAAAACAAAACUCGUUUAUUUUGCUUCGCUGUUUCAGACAAGAGACCAUUUUUGAUGAUCCUGAUUCAUUUCAUUUGAUUCGCAUACAGAAUUAAGCAAUUUCAAACCAGCAUGAGAAAACAGCCGACAUUUUACGACGUUACCACUGGUUUUCCCGCCAAAUGACGUCUGAGAAACGAGCGCAGAAAUUCCAUACUGAUGAUGCGUCACUACCCAGAUCUGGAUAGUGCUUUUGAUUGGUCGUGCCACGUGGGAAAUUUGCUUCAGCCAAUCAGAAGCACUAUUCAGAUCUGGGUAGUGAUGUGUCAUCAGUAUGGAAUUUUUGCCUUUGUUUCUCAUAUGUCAUUUCGCGGAGAAACCAGUGGGCUGUUUUCUCGGGCUAUUUUCAAACUAACAUUAUGGAAUUAGAUUCUUUGUUGUUGAUACCACAAAGCACAAAGUAGACCGCUCAUCACCAAUCUUUGAAAUGUAGUGAAUCGCCUAAGCUGUUCUCUAGCAAAACGGCCAUUGUAUCUAAAACAGAAAAAAAAUGUUUCUGCAGAGUCCCAUGCGGCAGAGAAACGCCAGCUAGUGAAUGAAAUAGUGUCACUGAAAAAAAUGGCAGACCUUCACGAUCGUGAUAGUGCUCGCCGAGAUCUACAAGUGCAUCAGUACAAGAGUGAGGCUGACAAAGGACUAACAGCAUUACAGGACGCCGAGAGAAAAGUACAGAAUUACAGAGUGGAGGUACGUUGUGGCUUUAACUGUUUUUGAAAUUCACGCGAAAUUGGAAUAACGCCUCUCGAGACGAGAAUCCUGUCCCGCGAGAAAAAGACACAAAAGCUGAAAAUUAUUUUUUAAAAAGAAAAGCUUUUAAGUUAACUUUACCUAUGGCACAACGAAACGCUAAAAGGAGCUAUGGUGCAUAUUAUGUGAAAAUCACGGAACUGUAACUGAUUUAUAUGAAUUUGCCAGGUUAAAAAUGGUGCUCUUGAUACAGGCGAAAAUAAUUGUCUAGCUCAGUUUGUUCAGUUUGUGAAAAAAAGAACUUAAAGAACAAAGUGACAAACAAAGCAAAACAAAACGGGAUAACACAGGGCGCCAAAUUUGACUCAAGAGGUACCUCACUUUCAAAUAGACUGAAAUAAUUAGGCCAUUUUACAGUUGUGGGCGUGGUGUCCUAGCCUUUGAGUGAACGUGAGGCUGAGGUUGACCUUGUUUUGUUAUAAACCUCCUUCCUUUUCUAAUGAAAAUUUUGCUUAAAAAAUACCAGUCAGCAUAACAAGAACAAGUUUUGCAUAAUAAAGCAAGAAGGGUUGUAUCAAAACAAGGUCAACUCCAGCCUCGUUAGCAACUGUAACUGUAAAAUGGGCUAUUUAUAUUUAGAGAGUUUCACUUCUGCGAUGAGUUGAUUCGCUGGAUUUUUUUAAGUCUAAGAAUGGUAUUAAAGCCGAGAAUGUUAUCAGACUUCAGAUAGGAAUUUUAUGGCUUACAAACUACUUCUGUUGGUAAAGGAUACCAUUUUCCUUUUUAUAUUCAGCUGGACCGCAAGACUGGGGAUUUAAACAGUCUCAGAAUAGAGUUGGAAGAGAAGAGAGCGGAGUGUUUAAAGCUCAAGACCCAGCUUCAAGAAAUGGACGAAAAGUUCUUUGACUCUCAAGCGAAAACAAAAGAAGAAAUUGGCCGGGCACUCAGGGUAAGGCAUCACACACUGUGUGGCUUACAUGGAGUUUGCACAAAUAGCAAGCAAAUUGCACCCAUUUGCUACAUCAUUGACGAUAUUUUUGUUUGAAAACUUUCCUAUUUAAUGUAGGAAGAAAUACGACAGCUACGACUACAGCUGAAAGAAAAAGAAAUUAACGCUGAACAGGACAGAAGUCUUAGAAACAAGGUACAUUUUCACUUACAUGUAACUAUGAUUUUCUCCUCAAGAACAAUGAGCAUGAGAAAACUGGGUUUGCUAACACUAACUAUUUCAAGGUCAGGUGACAUCAAAGAAUAAAAUUGUUUCCCGCCAGUAGUCUCUGAGCAGGGAACCAUGCAAAUUUGUGACGUCAAAGAGAAAAGAUACCGUAAAAUUCCGAAAAUAAGCCCCUCCAUGUGUAAGCCCCUCCAAAUAUAGGCCCCCCAAUCCGGUAACGCAAAAACCCCUCCAUUAAAUCGCCUCUCCAAAUAUAAGCCCCCCGGGGGCUUGUACUUGGAAAAUUGACCUCAAAUACAAAGUAAAACAAAGCAAAAACGGUAAGUUUACUUCCAACUAUAAGGCUAGCCCAAUCGAUUUUGAAACGCAAAUUUCCCUCCGUAGAUAAGCCCCUCCGAAUAUAACCCCCUCCAAAAAUAAGCCCCUCAAAAAGGGCCUUUGAAAAAUAUAAGCCCCGGGGAUUAUUUUCGGAAUUUUACGGUUUGUACUGUUGCAAGUGGUCCUCAAAACAGCUUGUUUCUUUCUAGUAAUACUUAACCUUUGCUCGUAAGACGGUAAUCCCCAAAAAUAAGGAUUCUCACGUGGGAAGCAUGUGACCCUUACGUGCCUUUGACAUCAUUCCCUGUUUACUCCUUCGCGCCACCAAAACUUUUCUUGGGCCAGUUUACCAACGCAGAGAUAAGGAUGUCUUGCACUCUAUGUUGCGCACGGAACCCUUCAUGUUAGAGAUACAGCCUGUACAUAUUACACCCAUUUUACGUGACCUAAAACCACAUUAGAGCUACAUUAGACCACCGGCAACAUAAGGAAGAUCAUUACGGCUUGAGCUUGUCCACUGAGAAGCAAAGAGAAACAGUUUAAUCUUACCUGGUCGCCUCUCCUAAUACCGAAUCGCGCAUAGUAGGAAAUGGGAAUCUGGGCCCGGUACCUGAAAGGCCGAUUAGCACUAAUCCAGGAAUAAAAAUUUUGUUCUAUUUUUGUAUUUACCUUCCUAUGCAUUAUCUAGGGUAAAAUUCUAUGUUAUCAUCACUGAAUCUCGGAGUAAAGACACAAAAGUAAUUUUGUAAGCUCGAGUAACAUGUUCUUAGACAAGAAAACCUUGCUUAAAAUUUGGCUUAAUCCUGGAUUAAACUUAACCAUCUUUUGAGGAACCGAGCCUUGGAUGAGAAUGACUGCGAGGGGUUUGAAAGUCUUUGUAUAAAGAUUAGUCAAUCAAUCAAUAAACGAUAAAUUUAAAACUAAUAAAACCUGUUAUGAUUUCAGAUCCAAGAUGACUGUACGGCUUUAAUUAAAGAGAAUGCUGCUAUAUCGGCUCAAGUCAUCGAACUCAGAAAACAAAUAGAUAUGGUGAGUUGUCCUGAUGUGUCCGCAGAUGGCGUAGUGCAUUGCUUAAAAAAAUGAUUCUUCUGUCUUCUAAGAUAUUUCCCUAAGAAUAUUGCUAUGUAGCAAGGUGCCUAGGCAGUCUCCUGUGUCAGCUUAAGUCCAUCCUCUACUCACUGCUACAGCAGCAACAUCUCCACAACAUACAUACCUUCACAAGUCUCUAACAGCCAACUCCCCUCGACAUUAGGGCUAUAAAGAUCCAACGACGCGACAGCAACGAGAACGUCGCUUAAAAAGUGAAUUUGCGUUCUUUCAGUCUUUAUCGCGAUUAUUCCUACUUACUUACUAUGUCAAAUAUACGCGAACCCUCCUAAAUUUGAAUUCCAAGGGACCAUAUUCAAGUUCAGAGAGCGGAAAAAUUUCGUCGUUGCUUGUUUAGUUCUCCAUAAAACACGAAAUUGGGAAUUUCACGUCAUAGUCGUGCAAAAACGGCAAAGAAAUGUACAAAAAAGCGUGUGGUGCACGUGCAAAGUUGUUGUUUUGCUUAUUAAACCUAUUGUUUUUUAGACGUUCUCGUUGUCGUCGUGUCGUUGAAUGUUAAAGUCUCCUUCAGGUUUAAUAAGCAAAACAACAACUUUGCACGUGCAUCAUGCUUUUUUGUACAGAUUUCCUUACCCUGUCAUUCCCCGUCAUAUAGGCGAAUCCUCGUUUACAUUUUUUGCCUCGUUAGCAUAGGCUUAUCAUUAUCUGAUGAAUUGAAGCUAAUGAAAUGAAAUUUCUGAAUAUUGAAAGAACAUAACAAUUUCAGUGAUCUCUGAAAUUUUGAGCCCUAUAUACUAAACAGUUUCGGCGAAAUUCUCUUUGAACAACCCAAAAAUUUACAUAGAACGUAUGAGCUCAUUAUAAACGUUUGCCACCCAAGAAUUUUGCAGUUUUUAAUUGCUACUAUUUUCUUUGUUGCUGUUUGCAAAGAGCUGAAACUUACACAAACUGCAUAAAAUAACUAGCUCUUUCAAUUUUUGAACCUAAUAGGCCAUCUGAGGUUGACCUUAUUUUGAUACAAACCUCAUUCCUUUUAUAAUGUAAAGUUUGCUUGAAAAAUACUAGUCAGCAUAAGAAAGACAUGAUUUACAUAAUAAAGCAGGAAGGGCUGUAUCAAACCAAGGUCAACUCCAGCCUCGUUUUCACCUGCAACUGUAAAAUGGACUAUUGGUGUAUAGGCGAAUCUUUGCUGACGUUAUUGUUUACAUUUUUCCUCAUUAUCAUACGACUUAACCCAUAGAAGCCGUGGCCGUAUACAUAAACGAAAUGCAAAAGUUGAAGGAACUGAUUAAGUUGAACAAUUUGUGCAAUUUUCAGCUCUUUGCAAGCAAUAGAAUUCGGUGUAUUGGGCUCAAAUUUUCAGAGAUAACUGAAACUAUUAUGGCCUUUCAAUAUUCAGAGUUUUUAUUUUAUUAGCGUCAUCAGAUAGUGAUAAAUAGAGGAUAUUACAUGGCCGCGCGGAGAUACGAAAUUUCUCUUCGAGUGUUGGAAUAUACGAGUGAGCGCAGCGAACGAGUGAGAUAUUUUUCCAACACGAGAAAAGAAAUUGCGUAUCUCCAAGCGGCCAUGUAAUGUUCUAUUUAUUAUAUAAACACCAAUGAAAUAUCAAACCAUUUCACUUUAAUAGUUUUUUGGUGUGAAAGGCGCGAUUUAUCAUGUAGCCAUAGCAACGGUGAUAUUUUCACGUGUGAAGAUAACAUGUUAUUUUCACAUGUGAAGAUAUCAAGUUUUCGCGCGAAAGCUCACCCGGUAUUUCAUUGGUGUUUAUAUAAUAAGCAUAAUUAUGUUAAUGAGGCAAAAGUGUAAACAGAGAUUCACCUAUACGGCUACAUCUUCUAUGGGUUAACUCGUAUGCAAAUGAGCAAGAAUGUAAACAAUGACGUCACGAUGAAUCCGCUUAUACUUCAAUGAGUAAAAUCCCUGCCCUUUCAUAUGCCUGAUGCCUGAAAAAGGUACCCCUUUCGGGUGGAGCCUCCCCGUAUAGGUUACUAUAGAGAGGACAACCACCACCCGCACCCCCCAUCCCCCGCCGGGAUCGAAUUUUUCUUCCAGUCGUCAAGAAGAACGGUCUGGAUUAAUUGAAUCUGAAAAUGUGUAUAGUUUACCUGUUUCAUCCUCGUUUCGUUUUUAAUUUGACAGGAUCGUGCCCACAAGGACGAAAAAGAUUACCGUCGACAGGCCAACAUCCAGGAACUUGUAACGCUAAAAGAGAGUGAGAAACAUUUACAGCAGGAGCUAGAACGGACGAAAGAACUAUUAAGACUUGAACAACAUAAUCUUAAGGAAACCCUGCAGAAGGUAUUAAAACACUCGCUUUUCAAUUCUCACCAUUUUCCUCUUUUUCUUCCUUUUUUCCUACAAUAUGUUGUUUUGUUCCUUCUUCAUCUUUUUUUCCUCUUAGCCUUGCGCCCUCGUUUCACGCAUUCAUCAGCGCUACCUUGAACUACGCGCUUGCCUCACAAGUCUCAACCGUAACCAACUUCGCAAUUGCUUCGUGCACUUUCUCUGACAGAAAAGGAUUACAUUUGCUUUUAAUAUUGACUCUUAAGAGUUUCUUUCAACAUCGUAUUUCACAUGCAAAUAUUAUUUGUUUCCCUUGUGUGAGCCUCUACUAUAUACUAGAGGUAAUCAUUUAUUACGGGUCCGCGUCCGUCACUCACGGGGACGAAAUCGAGUUGAAAGGAGUCCAGUUUCCCGGCCGAGGUGCCCCUGAUAAAAUUAAUAGGUGUGGCUAAUCGGCAGUCGCCGGUGAUAGCCUUUGUGCCAUAGGAACACCAGAUUAGGAUGCGUCCUGACAAAUGCGAUUAGUUCCAGUUCCCGGCGGAGAACACGAACCGCGGUCAUAUCUGACUCAGGGUACUUUACAGUAAUCUUAACAAAAAUGAGAAAUAACGGCAUUGGUGCAUAAAAUCUUUGGCAGUGGUCAGUUGGUUGAAUACACAACUACAAGAUUGAGCAUGGCGAAUACUUUUUUGCGAAGUGUUUCCAGCAGCUAGAGGAUGUGUAAGCCAUGUAAAUGCACUAUCAUCUUUUGUUUAUUGUUAGUGACUUCCUCGAAAGUUCGCGGCACCGCUGUUUUUAAGAACUGUAAGUCGUUACUGGGUAAAGGACCUCACUAGAAAGACUUUAGGGAUAUGAUUGGCGUAACCAGUGUUAAAUCUAAAGCGUGCGAACUUUGUUGGAAAAUCCGUUCUCAUGCUUAAUCGUUGUUCAAAAGAUGCGUAACGCUAUCCACUGGACAACGCAACGUAUUUCCCAAAUACUUAAAUCCGCUGGAUAGUCAGAAUAGUGAUUUAUCUCAUGGAUAGCGCUGUGCAACGUUUGAACACCAGGGGCUGUAGUCCACACUAAAACUCAUAAAUGACAAACACCUGAUAUCUUAUUUAUUGUUUCAGUUGUCAAGAGAGGAACAAGCGUCCUUGGAAGGUAAGGUUUAAGCCUAAUCUAAAAUUAUUCUGUGAGAGGAAAUAAUAGGAAAUUCAUACAUUUGAAUUGCGGAAGAGAGAUUAAGCAUUUAACACCUAACUGCGGUGUUAAAUGUCCUUGUGUUGAAAAAAUGUUUAUGUUACCUCCAGCCUGCAUAACAGGAGUUUUUAAGCCAAGCACGAAAAAGGGCAAAGUAUAGUCUUCUUCUCCGUAAGUAAACGACUGCCUAAGAGUGUUACUUGCCAGGACAAUGACACUCUAACGAAGAAAAAAGGCAGCCCUACGGGAAUUGGUGGCUUAUGAAGACGUCGUGAUUUGAAGCGGCCCUGAAAUGCGUUGUGAAUUGCCUUAAUCUGAUCAGGAUAUUUUGAAAUUCGACGGGGUGGAACGUAUGAGAGGGAAAGGCAGGAUACUUUUUCCCCAACAGUUAACACCGGGAGGCAGAAUCGGGAGCGGAAUAUCCUAAUUUUAUAGUCGUCAUCGCCAUCAUCAUCGGUAUCACCACCAUCAUCAUCAUCAACAUCAUGAUCAACAACACCGUCAUCGGUAUCAGCAGCAUCGUCAUCAACCUCGUUCCCAGGCGGGUAGGAGAGAACCCUGGGAACGAGGUUGCAUCGUCAUCGUCAACAAUUCUAUAAUUUAUUUCACCUUCAAAUAGCUAAUAGCUUGCUGAGGCGGAUGAAAAUUGUCUCAGUAAGCUGCGUUUUUAAGUUUAUUUCUUAAAUGAAUGUCACUAAAUUUUGCUUGCAGCCAAUUUAAGACGAACUCAGCUGCGCAGUGAGUUGAACGAGAUUGAAGGGCAACACGACUCGACUAACUCAGAAAAUGUCGCACUGAAAAGAGACAAGCUCCUCCUUACUGACGAAGUGGCAAACUUAAACGCCAAGGUAUAGAAAAAUACAUUUUCUGCUACAUUUAAAAAAGGUUAAAAUGUUAAAGGUUUGUUUAUAGUGGAAAGUCCACAUAAAACAAGCUAAGGAUCUUCACGCAAAUAAUUGGGAACAAAUAAUCCAAACAGAACAUAACAACUGGUAACCGCCUGUCCAUACAAUCUCUCAUUUUAAUGUGAUCACGUUUUCAUGUUAGGUGGGCUAACCCGCCACAUGUUACCUCACCUACCUGGGGUCCCCCACCCUUAUGUAAACAGGUCCUAAGAGAAAACACAAGCGAGACAUCCAGCCUUAUCAUAAUGCUUCUUUAUUUUGUACACGCAGCUUGACGAGCGGGACGAGGAAAUCGAGCGACUCAAGUUAAGACUCGAGGAAGCCGAGUCCCGCUGCUCGCAUCUCGAUUCAAAAGUUCGAAUGCAGAGAAGUUUGGAAUCCAUUAAAUGGGAAGAGUUCGAGAAGCUUGCCACUACCAUGAGAGAAUUUUCACGGUCAAUGAGUCCUUCUAAGAGUGGGAGCUUGGUUGACUACUAGAGUUAUACUGACCUUAAGUGUUUAAUCAAUCAUUAGUGAAAUGUCGUGUUUCUCUUCUGAGCGGGUGUUCGUCUGAGUGCUUCACUUUUGCUUCCUUGUUCUUC